ACAACAUAGAUGUUGGAACCAAAUCGAAGAAGCAAAAUACAAGAGUCAGUAACAUGGAAACUCCUAACUUUUUCUUCUUCUCCUUGCUGCUUCUCUUGACUAGUACAACUAUAAGCUCAGCUGAACUCACUCGUGGCUUCUACAACAAUGUAUGCCCCAAUGUGGAGCAGUUGGUACGCUCUGCUGUUGCACUCAAGUUCCAGCAGACUUUUGUCACUGCUCCUGCCACUCUUCGACUCUACUUCCAUGAUUGCUUUGUGAGGGGUUGUGAUGCUUCAAUUCUGCUCGCAAAUAGUAACUCAGAAAAGGAUCAUCCUGAUGACAUAUCUCUUGCUGGGGAUGGCUUUGACACAGUGAUUAAAGCCAAGGAAGCUGUUGAUAGUGACCCCAAGUGCCGGAACAAAGUCUCUUGUGCUGAUAUACUCGCUCUGGCUACUAGGGAUGUUGUAAAUUUGGCUGGGGGACCAUUUUACGAUGUUGAAUUGGGAAGGCGUGAUGGUAGAAUAUCUACUAUUGCAAGUGUUCAACGCCAUCUUCCUCACCCUGAUUUCAAUUUGGAUCAGCUCAAUUCCAUGUUCAACUUCAAUGGCCUAUCUCAGACAGAUAUGAUUGCAUUAUCAGGUGCACACACAAUUGGGUUCUCUCACUGCAACCGCUUCUCGAAACGAAUCUACAAAUUCAGCCCCAAAAACAGAAUCGAUCCAACGCUGGAUUUACAAUAUGCUUUUCAGCUUAGACAGAUGUGCCCUUUAAAGGUUGAUCCUAGAAUUGCCAUAAACAUGGACCCUGUGACGCCUCAGAAGUUUGACAACCAAUACUUCAAGAAUCUGCAGAAUGGACAGGGUCUCUUCACCUCUGAUCAGGUGCUGUUUACAGAUGAAAGGUCAAAGGCCACAGUCAACUCGUUUGCAUCAGAUGAAAGAACUUUUCAGAAAGCUUUUAUUGAUGCAAUUACCAAGUUGGGAAGGGUUGGUGUUAAAACGGGAAAGCAAGGUGAAAUUAGGUUUGAUUGCACCAGGCCAAACUAGAAAAAGUACAACUAUGCUAUUAUCAUCAGCAGCAGCUGCAGCAGCAUUGUUCCAUUUUAGAGUUUGCAUGAGUAUCUUUAGUCUACAACGGCUUGAGUUUGAGUUUCUUCAAUUAUGUAUAUUUCAUA